AUGAGCUGCCAGUGCUCCGGUGGUCUUCAGUCUCAAGAUCCUCGAUUCAGUGACGUUUCAUCUGCGUUUGUCUCAAUGGCGGAAAACGAAGACUUGAAAAGCGAAAGAUCAGCAUUCAUGCUGCAGAGCACAGAACACGACGAGCCCAAGACACACGACAAGGAGGCUCAGGUCGAUCCAGCGGAUCAUGCAGCUCUUGAUGAAGCAGCGGCACCCUUCCAUCAAAGACAGACGUCGACUCACCAUGAUGAGGACGAAACGAGACAACAGGAGGAAGAGGCGGAGGCCGCUCUACCCCAAAACCCGAGCCUUCAAGGAGAUCAGGCGAACUCCGACGAGAAACCUGUUGAAAUCAUUCCUCUGCGAAAAACAUCCCCAGGCUCCGAAAUUCUAACUCAGCCCGACACACACAGGAGCCACUGCCCGCGCAAUUCUUCGGCACACCAUGAUGACCAGAAACAGGAUACUGCUACUGAUGAGGACACUUUGAGGAAAGACCUGAAUUCCAGUGCAAAACGCAAAAAGCGGCCUGCACGUGCCGCCCUGAGGCGCCUUUCGCGCACCAUGUCGCGAACCUCGGAUUCCGUUAGGAGCGUCCGCAGAAUCUUAGGGAAGAAAGGAGACGAAGUGCAGAAUCUGUGGAACUUCAUACUCAGGCAAGCCAUGGGUAUCUCAUCCCUCUUCGGCCUUCUUUCGCUGCUAUUCCUGUCAAUGGCGGUUGUUUCCUCCUCGUGGCGACACCACGAAUUCAAGUUUGAGGACCGCAACGGCAAUAACACAAUAUCUGUGUACUGCGGCCUGGACUCGGUUCGCCGAGUUCACCAGCUGAAGCGGUUCAACGAGACAGGUACUCUGUACUUGCUAGACAAGCCAAAGAAAUAUACGGAACUCAUCGACAGCCCCUACUGCCAGGAAGAGCCUGAUGCUACUGAAGAAUCUGCCGAGUCUGCCCCUUCGUCGAAGAAGGGCGAAGAUGCUGCAACGGAGAUUAUCGAGGAGAACGAAGAACGUGAUUCUCAAGCAUCAUCUCGCCGGCUUUCCGAGGUUGAAGAUGCAGAAGCCCUUGCGCGUGAACAACUCCGUGGCAUAGCCGGACGCGUCGCUCGUGACGCUGAUGACAGCCUACCACGGGAGAGGGAAGAAAGUGCUGAAGAAGACUUCCCCCGCCAAGCGACCGAAGAUGGCUCUUUGGACAAUCCCAGUUCUUCAGAAGACAUGGCCGCAGGGACCGGUACUGAGCCGAGUAGCACUUCAUCGGAAGCGAACGAGUCUCGGCGGAAAGUGGAGGAAAAACCAAGCGGGAUACUAGCAGACCUGGCUUUGGCACCCUUCCAGGUCAUUUUUGGGCGUGAUCCUGCUGCGUCAGGAAGCAUGACUGAAGACCUGGCGCGUGUUCGCCGAACACUUUUGGGCCCCGCAGUGUACGAACUGAAUUGUCGCUAUCUGCCGGAUCUUAAGAGGGCAGGAGAAGCUCUAUGGUCGAUGAUCAUCCCUGCGUUCGUUUUUUCAGCCCUCGGCCUUCUCUGUGGUUGGCUGUGCACAAGCUGGGGCCGGUAUCUAACCAGUGGGUUAGUGCCUCCCACGUUCGCGCUGAAAUUACUCGGCAGCGUGUCUUGGAUUGUGUCUCUGGCGCUUCUCGUUGCCGGUCUCGGGGCUUGGGGGACGAUUUCGGAUGUUGCGGCGUGUGUUAGCGCUCCCGGCGGAUCUACGGUCUGCAAACUUGGCAUCUCAAGCGCCGUCGCCGUGACAGCUUUGGCCCUAAAUCUGCUGGCCACAACUUGGUUUGCUGUCCACUUCACCGACCGACACAUCACCGCGCUCAAUCUCGCCACAUCAGACGACCUGCACGAGAACUCCCAGUCUAACGAGAAAGAACUAGGCAUACUUCAAGCUGAUGAUCCCGAUCUAGAGGCAGGCCGAAAGGAUGCAAGGCGUCACUCUUCCGAUGGCAGCAACAUUCCGAAGAUUUUCGUCGGCAACGCAGAGGAGGUGCCUUCUUCAGGCGCCGCCGACAGCCACCACGAGCAGCGUGGACACAGCAACCCUCUCCGAAACCUUAUCCGCCACAUCGUGCAAUUAGCGACCACUUUGCUGCUGACGUUAUUGCCGCCUGCCAUGGUGGCCAUCUCUCCCCCAGCUCUUCGGCCCGCAGCUCCCCAGGCAGCUGCCAUCAUAGCCUCGUCGAUUUCGGAAGUAGUGUCUGAACUGGCAGAGAAAAUUUAG